GCUCCCUCAGCGACAACCCCAGCCAGCGACGAGGACAACACCGCCAGGAGCCGAUUUGAGUCUCACUUCUUCGACAAACCUCAGCACCGUCGCAAUGGCCCCCAAGAAGUCAAAGUCCGACGCCCAGUCCAUCGGCGCCAAGCUUGCCCUCGUCAUCAAGUCGGGCAAGGUCGUGCUGGGCUACCGCAGCACCCUGAAGGCUCUUCGCUCCGGCAAGGCCAAGCUCAUUCUCAUUGCUGCCAACACGCCUCCCCUUCGCAAGUCCGAGCUCGAGUACUACUCGAUGAUGUCCAAGACUGCCGUUCACCACUACACCGGCACCAACAUUGAGCUUGGUACCGCCUGCGGCAAGCUUUUCCGCUGCUCUACCAUGGCCAUCCUGGACGCUGGUGACAGUGAUAUCCUCAGCGACCAGCAGGCUUAAGAGUCAUGCAGCAAGGCGGGAACCGGUUGGCAUUCACACGGCGUUCGGGUCUGAGAUGGGGAAACAAAACGACAUGAUGACUUGGCGAUAUCCGGCUGCAAAGAGGUUUUUUUGACGGCCACCUCCGACAUUCGGUGUUGGACCAGAAACGGCCACUCCGUAGACUAGUCGUACGUAGUUCAUGACAACUUGGUCUCCUAGCCCGACCAUGCUCGGGCGCCUGUGCUGGCGAAACUUAGAUGUA